AUGGGUGCACUGCGUUUUCAAAAGCUUCCUAUCGAACCGGCUCCUAUUUCAAUCCGUGCUGGACCGAUCGAUAUACCAAUAAUCAAGUCUUCAGUCAACUGGUGGAAUACAUCGCAUCAACCUGGGAGCAUUAGCCGAUAUGGUACAUCAAUACAUGUUCCUAUGCCCAUUCCAAUCUUGUCUAACUUUGCUAACUCCCCCUUCUCAACCCGUAUCUUGUUCGUUCUGGAAACACGUCUUCUUAUUCCAUCUUUUCUCGAAUCUCCUUUAACGGAAGAAAUAGAAGCUCAAGAAGGAAUACCAAAACCUAGUUCACUCGCUGAGUCUCUUUGCAUCCAUGGCUGA